AUGUCCGUGGAAGUACAGUCGAAGAAACGCAAGCGCGAAGAGUCGAUUAGUGACGCUGAUGGGAGGCCGCUGCCAAAGCAAGCACGCUCCGAGAGCCCAUUCCGCGAUGCGGAAGACCUUGCUCUCUCCCCUCUGGACGCGCACAAGGUGCUGACCAUCCUGGAGACACUCGACGCCGAUGGCCUUCUCGAUCGAUUGAUACAACAUCCGGUCAUGCCUUCGACCCGCACAACGUUUCGGCAACUCUUGCGAGAGCCGGCUGGAAACCCUUUGCGCACGAUACGUAUGGCGGUUCGACAGCUUUUGCCGUCUGCGAGUCAUCCUCGAGCGCUCAUCUCCACCGGGGCCGCCAACCAGCAGCGGUUCUGUGACUUUGCGCAGAGUCUCUUUGACCAAGUCGCAGCGCGCGGCUCGAGUGCGCGCACGGAUGCACCGUUUCUCACUGACGGGGAAGAAGAUGCGGAAAAGGUGCUGCCACUCGACGAGAGGAAACGAAAGUAUGCACUCGUCCAACGUCUACCCAGUGGAGACUGGUGGAGUAGUGCAACGGUACCGCGGGAUGGCGACGUUGGGUUGACGAGAGCGGCAGCAAAGAUGCUAGCGACCAAACAAGCAGAGUUGGUGUCCAUUAUUCCUUCCCAACCAAUCCCAGCCGACGAAAUGCCCCUCUUUUCCUCCUUAAAGCCAACACCCGUAAUCAAGCCACGAGACGAAUCGCGAAAGUCGAUUACUCUCCCACGAAAAGCCCUUCCUGCACCCAAGUUGUUGGACUAUGGCGUCUUUUCCACCUUUGCCCCGUAUUUUGACUCGGAAAACGCAGAAGUCGGCAACGACCAAAUACAUCAGGUCGUCCACGAAAGCUUACAACGACGAAAAGCAAGAGCACUUCGCGCAAAACUUCUGGAAAAGCAAAAGGCGAUUGCAGAAGACGACACUGUUGCUUUACCAACCCCGAAAUCCGGCGCAGACAUGACUGGUGUGGAAUCCGCCUUUUCAAUAAUGUCUGUUCAACCUCAAUUCCCGACAGAUGAGGCACUACAAAAUCUGCAAAACAUUAUUCCUCAACACGAAGGCGAAAUUCUCAAAGAGGCGUUUGCUGCCCUUCGGGUGGAAUUUGGCGUUUCCGAACUUUUGGAACAUAUCGCUCUUGCGCUAGAUAGCAUCGUGUCUAUGCAGAAAGAGCGAAUGAAAGAGGGGCAGCUGACCCCAAGCGAUUUGGAGCAAGAAAUGGCGGAUGCAACCAUGAAGUCUCUAUCUUUGCUCGUCUCAAUGCAACCUCGGACUAGCUUGGCACCCGACAAGUCGCUCGCUCCUUCCGCCACCGUUGCUCGAGCACUCCAACGAUCGCUACCCACCGAACCCACGUCGGGAUGGCGUGGUACAUUGGCGAAUAAUCAAACCACAUCCCUAAGAGACGACGCAACCAUGUUCGUCAAGGCCACCGCGAGGGCUCAGGCUGCUGCUACGGCCGCUGCGACUGUAGGCCAUCAAAUGAACGGUGCUCCCCGUAUCCCAACUACACCAGUUGCAGCAUCACCAGUGACACCAUCACCAAUUUACAACUCGUCACCCUAUAGUCCGAAUCCAGCGAUGCGAUACAAAUACCCGCCAUCCCAAUAUGGACCACUCACGUACGCACCACAAUCGACGCCAGGAGCAGUCGGUCCGCCUCGAGUGGUGCCGAAUAUGAUGAAUACAAAGCCCAAUCCGCCGUGGAUAGGCUAUUCGCAUGGGCCCAUGGCGUUUCAAACGAUGCCUCCUGUAACUCCUGUACGCGGAAGCUCGACUCAAUUCAAGCCAUGA